AUGAUGCGGUUUCUGACAGUCAUUCUACUGUGUCUUCCAAACACCACCGGCGCUGCUUGGAAGCUCCCCCACUCAGCAUUCGGCAAUUUUGAGUCUCCUCGGGGCAACCAGGUAUCGAUCGGCCUCGAGAACGAUGAUGAGAUUGGCACCUUCGGAGCUAGUUCGUUUGCUGGGCUGAGGACGUUUGCGAACCUCCCAUUUGUGGACUGCUUCUCCGACCAAGACACCAGGGAUCACAAGUACGACAUUGCCAUCUUCGGCGCUUCUCACGACACUACAACGACCGGCCGUCCAGGAGCGCGGUUUGGCCCUCCAGCUAUACGGACAGGUAGCCAACGGAAGGGCCCUGGAGAAUGGAGCAUCUACACAGGUAGAAACCCAUUGCAAGACUGGGCAGCCGUGGUGGACUGCGGCGAUGCGCGGCUCACGUGGUUGGACAACACGGCAUCGCUAAAGAGGCUCGACAAAGCCCAUACCGUCAUCUCUGGUAGAGCAGCGGCAAACUCGAGCGUUUCGUCAACGCCAAGGAUCCUUACGCUGGGAGGCGACCACACCACGACCUUGUCUGCACUUCGGUCAACCUACCGGAGAUGGGGGCCUGUUGCCGUCAUUCACUUCGAUAGCCAUAUCGAUACCUGGGAUCCUGCAGUUCUCGGAGGCGGAAUAUCCGAGUAUGCAGGCCUGAACCAUGGGACAUUCCUCCACAUCGCCCACGAAGAGCACUUGAUUUUGAACAACUCCAUCCACGCCGGGAUCCGGGCCCCCUUGGUCAGGCGGAAAGGCGAUCUGAGAAACGACGUCCGUUGCGGGUUCGAAAUCGUCACCGCCCGUGACCUGGACAGGCUUGGCGCCCAUGGAGUCAUCUCGAAGAUCAAGGAGCGCGUCGGCGACUCCAUGGUCUACAUCAGUGUCGACAUCGAUGUUCUCGAUCCGGCAUAUGCCCCAGCCACGGGGACGGCUGAGCCAGGGGGCUGGUCGACGCGAGAGCUUCUCACCAUUCUCGACGGCCUCGAAGGGCUGUCGAUAGUCGGCGCAGACGUCGUGGAGGUUGCGCCCGCGUACGACAACAAUGGCGAGACCACCGUUCUGGCCGCAGCAGAGAUUGCCUAUUCUCUGAUUGACCUUAUGGUCUUGACUCCUGUCCGAUCAAAGGCGGACAACGACGCUUGA